AACUACAUGGAAUCAGAGGACUCAAAUCCGAAAGCUUUAGGUCUUUAUAUGGCUGAAUCUUUGAAUGCAUACAAGAUUCUUUAUUGCCAUAUGGUGGAACCAAGGAUGAAAGWAUUAGGCGAAGCAGUCGAAUGCCCUCACAGUCUUGUGCCGAUGAGAAAAGCAUUCAAAGGUACUUUUAUUUCUGCUGGAGGGUAUGAUAUGGAAGACAGUAACAAAGCCUUGUCUGAAAACCGAACGGAUCUUGUUGCUUAUGGUCGUUGGUUUUUGGCAAAUCCAGAUUUGCCAAAAAGAUUCGAGCUUAAGGCUCCUCUUAACAAGUAUGAUAGGAGCACGUUUUAUACACCUGAUCCUGUCGUUGGAUACACCGAUUACCCAUUUCUGGAUACCACGGUUUAAGUUCGUUAGAGUCGAUCUAAGCACACAAGUUUGAAGAAAUUAGAACGAAGAUUCUGAUAAGUUGGAAAUGUUGAGUAAAAGCAUUGAUCAAAUUAAAGGGUCUGAAAUAAUACAUGUUUAUUUACGUGA